UGACGGCGCCACGUGGCACCAGGCUUCUCUCCGGCUCACAAUUUCGCGAAUUCUUGAAUUGGUGAGCGGAUUCCACAGAAGGCCAACACGCGAUAAGGGUCUGGAUGAAGCCGUCUUCAGAUUGACCAACAGCUUCGUCUUCGAUCCCCUGCUCGUUCAUCACACUGGCUGUGCGACCGUCGCGCACCUCAGCACUGCAGGCUGUGGUGCUCGCACCAACGAAGCUAGCGUCUUUGCAGCAUGCCCAAGCAAUCAAUCUACGAUGAGGUAGAGCUGGAGGACAUGGUGUACGACGCAGAGAAGGAUUUAUUUCACUAUCCCUGCCCCUGCGGCGACCGCUUCGAGAUCACGAGAGCUCAACUGAAGGAGGCUGAAGAUAUUGCCACCUGUCCUAGCUGCAGCUUGCUGAUUCGGGUAGUCUUUGAUCCCCUCGACUUCGAGGACGACGAUGACAGCGAGGCGCCCGCUUUGCCGGCCCACAGCCCUCUAGAUCAGGUAUCUCAAGUCGCCACCGCGGCUUAGACCCUGCGAUAAAGGUCGGGUUGGGUGCACACGCGCAGGAGUCUGUUGCUCGACCGACUGCAGAGACUGAAAGGUCGCAUGGGGCUCCUGUGGCUCUUCAGCCAUCCGCCGGACUAGCCUCAACAGAGGUGUAGCGGCCUUCAGGCCCGCU